AUGCGGCUGUGGGAGCUGACAGAGAGCCUCCGGUAGUCGCGCCUCCGGUAGUCGCUCCUCCGGUAGUCGCUCCUCCGGGGCUCCAGCAGCAGCAGUCGGACUCCACCGCUCCGCCGACAGAGAUGCACUUGACUCGGCCGCGUCCCCCCCGUGAAGUCCCGGCGGCGCGUCGCUGAAGAGCCGCAGACCGGAACCGCGGAGACUCUCCAGGACCAACUUUCUGGAGCUAAACGACGUUUCCAUCUUUUCUUUUCUUUUUUACAUUUUUUCUUUUUUUAAAUUGUUGUUGUUGCCUUUGCCGCGGGGAUGGACACCGGGCUGUACCUGCUCGCCUGCUUGUCGUUGGCCCGGGUCAGCUGGGGUCUCGGAGGGUACGGGGAGCCCGGGCUGCAGACGGGCCAGCGGGCGGCCAGCAGACACAGGAACUGGUGCGCCUACGUGGUGACGCGCACCGUGAGCUGCGUGAUGGAGGACGGCGUGGAGACGUACAUCAAACCCGACUACCAGCGCUGCACCUGGGGCCAGUGUCCCAGAGUGGCCUACCGGACGUACAGGAGGCCGAGGUACAAGGUGGCCUACAAGAUGGUGACGGAGAUGGAGUGGAAGUGUUGCCACGGUUACUCCGGGGAGGAUUGCCACGACGGGCCGAAGGGAACCGGCGACGCCCAGACCGGCGGAGGACGACCCCGCGUCACGCAGACGAGCCUCAACACUGGCGGCGGCGGCGGGCAGACAGGCGGCGGCAGGCAGACAGGCGGCGGCGGGCAGACAGGCGGCGGCGGGCAGACAGGCGGCGGCGGGCAGACAGGCGGCGGCGGGCAGACAGGCGGCGGCAGGCAGACAGGCGGCGGGCAGACAGGCGGCGGCGGGCAGACAGGCGGCGGCAGGCAGACAGGCGGCGGCGGGCAGACAGGCGGCGGCGGCGGCCGAGACGGCGACGGGGAGAAGAUCCGGCAGCUGGAAGAAACCAUCCGCGGUCUGGCCAAAGACCUCCACAGCCUGCAGAGCGCCACGCACGCCAUCAACCAGCGGCUGCCUGGUCUGAAUGGGGCUAGUGUCCCUGCUGACUCCGCUCAGCCUCACAUGAAGGAGACCAUCAACAGCAUCCAGACCAAGCUGGACCAUCUCUACAACCGGACUCAGGUCCAUGACCAGACUCUGCUCAGCAUCAACAACCACCUGGUGAACGGAGGGGGCAACGAGCUGGACGGAGAGGCCAGAGGAGGAGGAGGAAGAAGUGGAGAAGGAGGAGGAAACCAGCUCACCACCCUGAAGGAGGAGAUCCUGACGGAGCUGGAGAGAAGGGUGACUCUGUCCUGCUCCUCAUGCCAGGCUGGCGUGGAGGACCUGAAGCGCCAGCAGCAGGAGGACAGGGAGCGCAUCCAGGGUCUGGAGAAGCUGAUCAGCUCCAUGGACCAGCACCUGAGGCACAGCCUGGACGUCUCCCGCAGCGAGACCCGGCGCUCCCAGGCCUGCUGCGACACCGUCACCGAGCUGGAGAAGAAGACGUCCGCUCUGGAGGUCCGAGUCGCCUCCACGUCCAACAAGUGCGACGUCGUGAAAGGCCGGCUGGACAAGGAGCUGGCCGGGACGGGCGGGGGGAGGGGCCGAGUGACAGAGGACAGGUUGACCGGCCGGCUCCGGGAACUGGAGAAGAAGGUGAACAGCACGUUGAGGAAGACGGAGCAGAGGUGCACCAACACGGGCAACAACGUGAAGGACAGCGCCCAGAGAGACGUCACGCAGCUGCGCAACAUGGUCCUCAGCCGCCUCGACGACCACGGCUUCAAGAUCGACAAGCUGGAGCUGGACGUGGCCGUCCUCGGACACACGGUCACCGACCACAGCCGGCGCUUGGGUCAGCUGGGGAACAUCACGGUCUCGCUGGACACGAGGCUGACGUCCACCGCAAACAUGUGCAACGAGACCUUCGGGCCCAACGGGAAAGGACGCAAGACCGACGACACGGUGAAAACCCUCGAGUGGAGAGUCGUGGCCAACCAAGAGGACAUCCACAAGUUUAACACCAGGCUGGACGACCUGUCCGUGUCAGGGGACUCGCUGGUCGACAGAGUCCUCAACCUCACGGAUGACCUCAAAAAGGUCAUCGCCGUGACGGGGGAGAGCGGCGAGCACUUCAACCGCAUCGUCACGGAGGUCGAAGCGUUGGGCCGCGAUCUGGAGGACUGUUCCGUUUGCGGCAGCGUGGAGGCCGGCCUGCGCUCUCUCGCCAACUCCACCAGGGACGGCCUCGGCGAGUGCCGGGCGGAGCUGACGGAUCUGCGGAGGAAGGUGGCCUCGGGGGAGUCGGCCUGCUCUCAGGUGUGCUCCAACCUUCAGGAGGAGGUCGGCCAGCUCAGAGAGGAUGUGGAGGAGUGCACGGGACGGUGUACGGUCGACGUGAACCAUCUGAAGGAACGCCUGGACGGCCAUGGCGUCCACAGCGGUAGACUAGGGGGGGAUCUGAAGUCCAUCCAAGGACAGCUGGCCGGAGUCAUGGUCACAUUUAGCUCCAUCAAUGACACCCUGAAGGGCCUGGGGAGGACCGUGCAGACACAUGGGAACACACUGACUGAUCUGAGUCACACCAAGGACAACAUCAUCUCUGAGGUGGACGACUUGCAGAAGGAGCUGACCGAUCACGUCGAUGACUCCAAGAUCCAGUUCGACAACGUGGGCAAAGACAUCCAAAUAACGAGGAGCAACUACGCGACGGAGGUCGGGGAGUGCCGGCGGUCCGCCGACGGCCUGGAGAGAAGACUCUCCAAGCUGGAGGGCGUGUGCGGCCGCCUGGACUCCUUCUCCGACGUCCUGGAGAAGAUCCGGAAGGGCCUGGAGCGACACGUGUCCGGGCUGUGGAGCUGCGUCAAUGGCCUCAACGUCACGGUGACGUCUCACGGGGAGCUCAUCCACGACAUCCAGUACGUCCAGCUGGACAACGUCCACUCCGACGUGCGCAGACUGAACUCGUCCGUGGUGGACCUGGCGAAGGAGUUCCACGGUUUCGUCGAGCUGGACUUCAUGGGUCCACCUGGUCUGCCGGGCCCCAGAGGAGAGAGAGGCGAGCGUGGAACCCAGGGUCCAGUCGGACCCCAAGGGAGGCUGGGACCCCAGGGCAGGGAGGGCACGCACGGACUAGCUGGACUAGCUGGACCCCCAGGUCUCAGAGGCGAACAGGGUCCUGCAGGGUCCGAUGCCCACGUGCCACGCCUUUCUUUUUCCGCGGCGCUGACCCGCCCGAUGAGGAACGCAGGGACCAUCGUGUUCAACGAGGUCUUCGUCAACGAAAAUAAGGUCUACAAUCCCAAGACAGGGUAUUUCACAGCUCCGGUGAGCGGGAAGUACUUCUUCAGCGCCAUCCUGACGGGCCACAAGAACAUGAAGAUCGAGGCGGUGUUGUCCAAGUCCAACCGGGGCGUGGCCCGAGUGGACUCGGCCGGGUACCAGCCCGAGGGCCUGGAGAAGCCCAUGGCGGAGGCCAAGCACAUCCCGGGAGCCGUGGCCGUCUUCAACAUCAUCCUGCCCAUGGAGGCCGGGGACACGGUCUGCAUCGACCUGGUCACGGGCAAACUGGCGUUCUCCUCGGAGCCGCUGACCAUCUUCAGCGGGACGCUGCUGUACGAGACCGUCUGAUCGGGAAGGCGUCGUCGUCGGAUUCGGGUCUCGGACACUGAAACACCUGGACUGGAUUCAUUCAGCGAGGAGAAGAAUACUUCACGUUUGACUUCAUGUGCAACAUCAAAACAAGUCAUUCUCAACCUCAACACUCGUUUGUGUGUUUCACAGCUUUAAGGAAAAAUAAUUUGCGCAAAUGUUAUGCUAUGACGUAAAAAGAAAAAACGCUGCAGGGUUAUCUUAUAAUUCUAUUGUGGCAGCUGUGGAGGUGUGUGGGGGUGGGAUCUGGAAUUGGCCUCAGCUGCUGGCUGAUUACCAAUCAGCCAGCUGCUGAGACCAAUUAGAGACCCCACCCCCACAGCUGCCACAUACAUAUUUCAUGCUGUUCUACAAAUUUGAAUUAUUUACAGAUCACACGGUAGUGGCUCUCAGGUCUUAUUUGUGUUAAGGAAACGACACUUGGCUCAGAGGUUAUUGCAAACUGUUUCUAAAGCGGUAUAAUUUUGACCACAAAGCAAAUUCCCAGAAACAUGACGCCUGAAUGCCGGUUGUUUUCGAGUGAUGUCGGGGACGCCGUCCAAACCACUGGUCUUUAGCAGGAAAUGCACAAAUGAAGUCACCGACAUUUCAAGAGAGAAACCGCAGCAUUUUGGUAAAUCAUACAACAGCAAAAACAAUAAGACCAUUUUAGGACAUUAGCGCUGCUUAGAAAACACGAGGCCAAGAGCAGGAUGGCCGGGGGGAAGAAUGGAGGUUUCUUUCUUUCUUUGUUUUGUUCUCCCUCUGUCCUAAUAAGGACCAUCUAAUGUUGGUGGAGGAUCAACAAGUUAAAGUUAUGAAGAAGUUCCUAUCAUUUUAUCUUACGGUGGAAUUUUUGUAUAAAGCUCAACAUAACAAAUAAUGAAGCUGAACUUUUGUCUCUAGGCUACACACACACACACACACACAUAAAACUGUCAGCGGUCUCCGCUUAUCUCUUCUAUUAUACCAGAUGCCUGAGCUUUACUGUCCAGCGCCAUUCUUAGCACUCACACACACAUGCACACACACACACUGUAAACACACACACACACACACACGUUGUGUAGAUAUUGUUUGAAUGGAUUUUAAAAGGAACAUUUCUAAUACUUUUACAGAGACGUUACAGCGCAUCGGGUCAUGUGCUGCAUCAUAUUGACAUAAUACAUGGAAGCAAUACAGGAUUAAUAUCAGCAUAUCAGGGUUUUGAUCCCAAAUCAUCGGGUUUAAAAAAAAGAAGAAGUUCCUUUCUAGUGUGGGAAUGUAAUUUUAUAUGUUUCUAUGUAUUGUAUAACCUCGAAGGAAUGUAAAUAUUUUUCAGCGGUUUCGCCCAUAUAAGAUAUAUAAGAGAGUUACCACUUCACCUUGACAGGUAUUGUAAAUGUUUUGUGUGUUUCCUUUUCUCUUUUUUUCCCACGUGUGCCUCAACAUUGUUGUAAUACAGCCGAUGUCGGGAGUCAUCUGGAUUGUGUUCCGCAUAUUAAAUGAGCCAGUACGUGCCAAUUUUUA